CUUUUCAUAUUCUAGUUGGCUUCUCAAAACCAUCCAAAUCCAUGUUGUAGUUAGUGUAACCUCUCCUUCAUUAAGAUGUCAACUUUCUUUCUCAUCUUUCUAGUCAUGAUCUUACUUGACACCUCCAUAUCUUCUAAAAAUGUGCAAAUAUCAGAAGCAACUGAGUGGAACUCAACAAGAAGGCAGCUGGAAAAAGAAUCAUGCAAAAUUGGCAACCCAAUUGAUGAUUGUUGGAGAUGUGAUUCUGAAUGGGAAACUAACCGAAAAGUGCUGGCCGAUUGUGCAAUUGGGUUUGGACGCAACGCUGUAGGGGGGCAAGAUGGUGACAUUUAUGUGGUCAAAGAUUCUGAAAAUGAUGAUCCUGCAAACCCAAUUCCUGGCACACUUCGCUACGGUGUCAUCCAAGAAGAACCGCUGUGGAUCAUCUUUGAUCACGACAUGGUCAUCACGCUAAAGGAAGAACUGAUGAUGAACUCAUACAAAACAAUAGAUGGAAGAGGGUAUAACAUCCAGAUAGCAGAUGGACCAUGCAUAACAAUUCAAAACGUAAGUAACAUUAUCAUACAUAACAUCUACAUACGUGACUGUGUACCAGGUGGAAAUACAAUGGUUAGGGAUUCACCCAAGCAUGUUGGCAUGAGAGGUUACUCUGAUGGGGAUGGCAUAUCGAUAUUUGGGUCUAGGGAUGUCUGGAUUGAUCAUUGUACACUAGCCAACUGCCGUGAUGGACUAAUUGAUGCUGUAGUUGGCUCAACGUCUAUUACAAUCUCAAACAACUACAUGUUGCAUCACAAUGAAGUUAUGCUUAUGGGUCAUAGUGAUGACUUCCUCGAUGACAAGAAUAUGCAAGUCACUAUAGCCUUCAACUUUUUUGGCGAAGGUCUGACACAAAGAAUGCCUAGGUGCAGGCAUGGCUAUUUUCACAUUGUAAAUAACAUAUACACUGGAUGGGAGAUGUAUGCAAUUGGUGGAAGUGCAAAUCCAACAAUUAAUAGCCAAGGGAAUAUCUUCAUUGCAUCAGAUAACAACUCUACAAAGGAGGAAAGCAUUCAGGUGACUAAACGGGAAGCCAUCCCAGGAGAUGAGGAGUGGAAAAAUUGGAAUUGGAGAUCAGAUGGAGAUGUGAUGCUCAACGGUGCUUUCUUUACACCUUCUGGUGAAACAGGUCCUCAAAGUUACAUAAAAGCAUCAAGCAUGGUAGCAAGACCAGCUUCAUUUUUAACAAAUACUUCUCCUUCUGCUGGAGCUCUCUAUUGUCAGAGAGGGAUACCAUGCUAAUGCUAGACACAGGCCAGCUAAAUAUCUGCCCUUUAUUCUUUUUCAUAGUUUUUGGUUAGUUAAAUUUUGAACUAAAGCUUUAAUUGCUUUCAAUCCCAUCACUGUCAAGUUCAGGUCUCACAGACAAUCAAGAUGUAAUGAUAAAUCAGUAAUGACUAGGAAUUUACACAAGCUUUUAUAAUCCCCUAUGUAAGAAAAAAAAAUUAUAGGGGCUGCUAUUCUUGACAAUUUAGUAAAAAAUCAUGGUUAGGUCAGGAAAGUAAAUUACAAA